CACCCCUCAGUGUCAAGGUCUGAGUGCCUAGCACAGCUGUGUCCCCUGCUGCCCACCCCAAUUCUCAAGCACAGCGUCUGCCCGCGGCGGGGAUGGACGUGGUCCGCACCUCCAGCUCCUGGAUCUCUAAAGUCGUCCCCUCUCUCCUGCUGCCCGCGUGGGCUGUGGGCUCAGGGGCGUCUCUGAGCCAGCCUGCGGAGGCUGGCGUGGGCAUCGCCUUCGGGGCCUGCGGGGGCCUCUGGACACUGGGCAUCCUUCUGUUUGUCACCCUCUUCCUCACAAACAGAGGGAGGGCACAGCGCUUCCUGCGGGGGCAGCCGUGGCUGUGGGAGCUGACACACAUCGUGGCCUGGACCUGGGCAUUCCACGUGGGGCUGACCGUAAACCUGGUGUGGGUCUGGUACAGGUUCCAAGGGCUUGACCGCAGCCAGAGGACGCUCUGGACAGACAGACUCUCCUGGAUCUUGCUCACGUUCCUGCCCACCGUCCCCUUGGCUGUGGUGAUCACCGUCAGUGCUGUGCUUCUGAUCAAGGGGCGAGUGUCUUUCCAGCUCAGUGUUCCCGCCAGGAGCCAUGGGAAGAAGGGAGCGUCGGGGACACUGGAGGAGAACGUGGUGCUCGCCAGCCCUGCCCUGGGAGGAGCCACCUGCGAGCCAUGAAACCAAGACAAAGCACCAAGAAAUCCGGGAGGCUGGCACGGCUGCAAACCCCGUGCCCCUGGAGCCCUCACUUGGCACCAGAGAUUAAAGGGCGGAGGCCAACCAGACCCCCUCUCCCCUGCGACGGCAGUGUGGGGUCUGCAGCCCGGGAGGGGCAGGGGCGGCCUGCUGGCAUCCGGCGAAUGGGGACGGUGGCCCCUGCCAGGUGCUGAGGGUGGCCAAGGAGAGAGGGCCACCAGCGGUCCCGGGAGCAGAGCGUCCCUGGCUGGAGACCCCAGGCCCGGAGAGAGAAGCAAAGUCUCUCAGGGCCGGGGAGCCCCCGCUGCACAGUCGCCCCGUAUCUUCCCUGAUUCUACUGGUCUUUCCACCGGUUUCUGUAAGAAGUUGACACCAAUUUCAUAUUAAAAACAAAAGAAAACAAAUA